CCCCCCAAGAGGGGUGUGGGAGCCCACAUUCACAAAAAAAACACAACAUUCUCACCAUCUGAUGAUGUCACCAGAGGAAAGAGUACAUCCGGAUGAGCUGAAAUUGAUGAGCUGAAGUGACUUGAUGAAUCUCUACAGACGAAAGCUGGAAACCUAGUCGACUGACGGAUGGGAAAUCGUUUUGCACGGCGGCGCCUGACUUGGAUUAGAAGGGUUUUUCCCUAGCAAAAUUCUGGCGUCAGGUUCUGGAGUGAUUUAUUGGUCUGCGAAACUGCGGGUGUGAGACGACGGCUCUACUGUCCAUCUCUUUAUAUGUCAACACUUUGAAAAAAAAAUAGAUCUUGACAUGAUCAGUCGUAACCUGACGUCUAAGUAAUCAACAUUACAUAUCAUUAUACAAGUUGAGAAUUUUUUUUUGUAACUAAAGUGAUCGGAAAAUUCUUCUUGAUUCAAUUUGAAAGUGAUCUGGUAAUGGACAGUGUUGGUGGUGGUUGUGUAGAGGACCACACACACCUGUAAUGGAGGAGAGGGCCACUAGUCCCCUCCUCCCUAUCUGCGCCCUCCCACGGGGGCCCUCCUCUUCUGCAUGAGCCAAGGGUGUGGCGAUGUGUGAUGGUGAGGAGACUGCUGGGGCGUGUGGUGGCGGCGGCGGCAGGUGUGGUAGUGGUGGUGACGGCGGCAGCGGCGGCGUUGUUGAUGGCGGGAGUCACGAGGGGCGUCGCCGCUCACAGCUCUUGCCCCCCCAGCGAGUACACCUGCGACAACCUCCGCUGUAUACCCAAGGAUCGCAUCUGUAAUGGCAAGGAUGACUGUGGCGACGGCUCGGAUGAGAAGCCCAACUGUACCCCAUGCAAUGUGACAUACAACGGUGAGGUGGGCCGAAGCUAUGAGAUCGAUUUGCACGAGUCCAAUUCCCUGCAACCUCCCUUCACCUGUUACAUGACCUUCGUGGCGGCGGGGGAUAUCUUCGGCGACCUGGUGCAACUCGUCUUUCGAGACUUGGCGUUGGGGUCUUUCAAGUCCCACCACGUCUGCGGGUGUCCCCAAGGGCACUUGUCAGUUAACGAGGCUCACCGGCCCCACAUAGGCGGCUUUUGGUGCGGGGGAAGCAGUGACCAUAAUGUUUACUAUAGUGAGACAAGCACAGUCACCGUCACACUCCAGGUCCCGCUACCUGAACAACACACGAUUGGAGAGAAGAAAGUACGACUGCGUCUCAUGUACAAGUUUCUGCUGGAGGCAGAAUCAAUUGUACGAUAUGGACCUUGGAACAGUGCCAAGUACCUGGGUGUGGCACGAUCAGGAACCGUGUGUGAUCGAGUUUUCGAUUCUUGUGACCGUCGAAAAUGUCGGGUGCAGUCUCCCAAUUAUCCUGGCAUUUACCCACGUAAUGUUACGUGCCAGUACGUGAUCAGACAAGCCACGGUUCCUCACGGCCGCCACGCGCUGGUGAGUGUAGGUCAGCCCCAGAGAGGUCGCGUCCACAUUAAGCAUACUGACGCCGCUUGUGAUGGCAACUUGCACUUGUGGUUGGAUGGCGACUGUGACGUCGUAGGGGACACACUCAGCAUCUAUGAAAUUCAGGGAGAGAGUCGACGACUGCUGAUGCGUUUCUGUGGUGGUGGAAAAGUGCCUCGCAUUACAGCCAGUGGGGCGGAGCUCUUACUUGUCUUCCAGACCUCCCCCUUUGACAAUUUGUACUUUGAUUCAUCCGAAGGCACUCAUCCUGGGUUCGAAUUAGACGUUGGUGUUGCUUUUGUACCUAAAAAUUCGUUUCUGUAUGCUGACCAAGAGUGUGAGUUUAUUAUUUCUAGUUUUGAAGCAGCACGAGGCCAUUUUGAGAACGUGGCACACUCGCUGCCAAGAGAUAGUAAAUGUGCUUAUAAAUUCCGUGGGCGGCCAGACGAGGUCAUCUGGCUUUUCUUUACUCGCCUGAAGUCCACCUACACACAACCUCCUUCACGCGAUGGACCUCACUGUCGGACACGAGUGACGCUGAUGGAAGGAGCAGAGGCUGAAGGAGAGGUGCUGGAGAACACAUGUGGGCCACUGGGGGUAAGGAUUUGUCACCGUGAACAGCUCGGCCCUGGGCGAAACAGAACUCGGCCAUGUGGAUCGCAAGAAAGUUACCUAACAUCAAUGUCUCAUGCAACACUCACCAUUCACUACCUUCUACCCUCAACAGUGGCAGACCUUGAGUUUCGACUCCAUUAUGAGUUUGUAUACGCGGGUCCUCGAGCUGCGGCGCUCAAUCUUCCUGAGCCCUGUGACAGACAUAUUAACAGUGAACGCAGUAAGAAGGGCCUCCUCGCCUCGCCCGCUAAUAACCUGCUUUAUGGCAAGUUCGGAGCGACGAGGCUGAAAUGUAAAUAUAGCCUACAAGGUAAAACAAACGAGGCAGUCAGGAUCACAUUUAUAUACUUUUAUGCUCAUAAUUCUUCGUGUCCAGGACGAGAGUCGCCACUGCAAGCGUGUGGGCGACCCAACGCCCUGGAAGGUCGAGGUGCACGUCUGGAAGUCUCAGAGUGGCCCUGGUCAGGCGUAGAGCUACCCCAGGCCUGCAUAUGUCACGGCCUCUACCUACCAGCAACCUUACUCUCAUACUCUGCCUCUCUUACUAUUACCUUCACUGUCGUAGGAAUGGAUGUUUUUGAUGAUUUCUCACAUUUUAGUUUUGAACUGGAAUACGAGUUUGUUGAGAUAGAAGCAUGUGAAGAGGAUAGAAUAGUUACAGGAGAGGCUGGUACGUUAAGUCUAGCCCUUCGACCUCCUCCUGGACCAUGUAGAGGACACCCUUGGCUCCUUCAGCCCACAGCUAACCGCUUCUUACUUGUGUCUGUCCCUGGCAAGGCCAUCAGAGGAGGCUUGCAGGUAGAAGCUCAUGGUCACCUAGUCGCAUCGGACGACUCUGUAGCCCCUGCGGAGUGCCAGAGCUCAGAGUUACAUGUGUACCAGCCAGGCAAUCCAAGACCUCUCAGUGCAGUGUGUGUGUCUCCUGGGGCUGCCGAGACAGUCCAUGUCUUUUCGGAGGGUUUUAACGAGCCUCUGUCACUGGACUAUCUUGGGGAAGCAGCAAGAUCUUUGGUUGUGGUGUUACUGAGUCGUCCGGCUUACCUCUCGGGACAGUCUUCUCAGCAACAACACAAGGCAGUUGAUAUCCGUUGGGUGGAGGCAGCACCACGCUGGCUGGCAACUAGAUGUGCCACGGAGUGUCCUGCCGUACAUGCAUGUAUCAGUGCUUCACUCUUCUGUGACGGGACGUGGCACUGCCCAUCGGGUGCUGAUGAAGCCGUGGUGACGUGUCUCAUGGCGCUGUCUCCGUGGCUCUGGCUUACAUUUGGUCUGGCUGUCGGAUGCAUCUCUGUACUCUCAGGUUGGUGGGGCUGGACAUUAUGGAAAACUCGACAAGCUCGCAAUGCAACUAAUGGUUGUAGUGAGGAGGUGUUGACACCCGGCCAUCACGAGUCUCCCCCAGAGCCACCAGAGUAUCCUGACUGCAUAGACGUUGACUUUGAGACAACGGUCUGACG